UAGAUCCGGAACUCAGUUCAUUUUUAUACUCCUAGUCUCUUGGAUGUUAUCAAAGAUUUCAGUAGUUUUUAAAAGGAAUCGGUUCGUGUUUGAUCAGCAGUGUAAAGGCCCCACAACCAGGAGUUUUACCUAUAUUUUUUACCUACCAUGGAUAGCACCUCAGCCAGCGUAGUGUAUGCCAAUGCUUUUUACGCUCCAAAUUACCCGGACACCCAGCAGUCACAGCCACAGCCACAGCCACCGCCACCGCCACCGCCACAGCUGCAGAGUCAGCAGCAGCAGCACCAGAGUCAGAUGUUCCACGGCAGCUUCAUGGUCAGAUCCGCAUUGGGUUCUGGACUGGGCCUUGGCCUCGGACCCGCCCCCAAUCCGCAGGCAAGUGCCAGUUCCGGCCUGAGUCCCAGAGGCGGCAUGUACAGUGAUCUCUAUCGCUUCGAGGACGGCAGCGGCGAUGCCAGCGGAUCCUUGCUCUUGGGUCAGGAGGAUGACCACUACUGCGGCGGCGAGGCGGAGCAGCAGCUGGGGGCCAGCACGUCAUCCUCAUGCCCGACGACUUCGGGCGAGUCCGUGAGCAUGGACACUGAGCCGGAGCCAGAACAGGAGCUGCAGAUGAACCAAGGCGAGUUGGAGGAGCGGGCAGAGAUGAAUGAAAUGGAGGACAUGGAGGAGCUUGCAGAGGAGGAUACUGACCAGCAGAGGCCGCCGCAUUCGCCCUGCAUGGGUGGCAACACAUCCUACAUGGUGUUCCCGCGCACCGCCGCCGACUACAUGCCCCGCCUGCCACUGCCGCGCCAUUGUCCCUACAUAAACAUCGGCCAGGAGCAGUAUGUGAUCCAGGCGGAAACGGUGUUCGUGCUGGGCAUGCGCCUGAAUGUGACCAAGAACGAUAUCAUCCUGUUCUUUGGCAAACUGGGCGUGAUCAAGAUGGACGAGUCGACCAACAAGCCGAAGAUCUUCGUCUACAAGAACAAGAUGACGGGACGCUCCAAGGGUGAAGCCACCAUUACCUACGUGAGUCCAUUCUCCGCACAGGCGGCGAUUAGUUGUCUGAGUGGGGCCAAGUUCAUGGGCCAGGUGCUCACCGUGCUGCCCGCCUACCUGUCCACCCGGCGGGGCAGUGUCCGGUACAGCUAUCCGCGGGAGCUCAACUCGCCGGAGCACCAACGUCGCCAGCGGGCGCUGAAGUGGAAGCCGGCCAGCGACAAUUGGGUGUGCAUGCUCUGCCGGAACAGCAACUUCGUCUGGCGUUCCAGCUGCAAUCGCUGCCAGGCGGACAAGGUGGUCGCUGUCCAGAGCAACGGGGCGAGUAGCUGGAUGGGAUCUGGCGGAGGAGGAGCCGGUAGCCCGCGUCGUUGGCGGCCACAGAGGAACGACUGGCUGUGCAAGCUAUGCUUCAAUAUGAAUUUCUGGUACCGGGCGAAGUGCAAUCGCUGCCACGCCUCGCGUUCCGAUGAAACGCAGAGCUCCGAGUCGACGGAGGAGGAGGACACCUGGGAGCUGUUGCUGAAUCCUCCAUGUGCCGAGUAGACACAGUGCCUGCAUCCUGAAUCCAGUCCACCUCGUUCUGUCUGCAUCCAUACAUGUUACCUGUUUUGUGUAUCCGCAUCCGUUUGUGCGCAUCGUCUGUUGACGAAGGACACUUCUGCCUUCCUCAUCCCUGCAGCUCCCGGACUCCUAAAAAUUUCAAGUGAUUGGAACGCGGACUGCGUCGUGGUAUCCAGAUGCGACUUCAAUUGAAUUGAAUCGAUUCGAUUUGGAACUCUGUGCGCCAUCCACCAACAGCAAGAAGAGCCAAGAACAAAAGAAACCUAAAUUCCUGUUAAUGUCCGUCUUAAAAGAGGCAUUCUUUGUCCCAGAGAUCCUGAGAUUGUGGGACGAUGCAGCUUGCUGAAUGGUAAUCCACUUAAUCCGGGUAACUGAAUAUUUUACCCAGGCACAAAAGCCACACACCACCGACGGACUCACCUGGCCAGCUCUAAACGUUUAAUGAAUUUAUUUACUUUCCCAACGCCCGACGCCCGCAGUCAGUGGCUCAGUGGCUCAGUGGCUCAUUGGCUCUGUGGAACUGCACUGAAAAUCGAAAUAUUAGUUUCUAUGAAGUCUAAAUUGUUUAAUAAAAUUUGUCUUCUUUUCAUGUAUUUAUAGUAA